UUUUGGAGCAAAUAGCAGCCAUGAGAGCUGCAGUUCAGGCCUUGUAGUCAGGAGGAAUCAGGAAAGAUGUUGAGAAGCAGAGAUCAGGAUGCUAUGUUGUUGGUGCUAGCUGCUGGAGUGGCUGCAGCUGUCCAGACUAGGAGAGCAAUGCAACCACCUGCAGAUGGGGAAGGUCAGGAGCAGGUUGUCCCUGUUAGGAUUAGACAGCCCCGUAUGUUCAGGAGGCGUGCAUACCUCCUGGAUGGACUGUCUGAUAAUGAGGUGGUGAGAAGAUAUCGCUUGUCUCGGCCAGCCAUCCAAGAACUCCUUAACCUGGUCGGAGAAGACCUGGAGCCGCAGACAAAGCGGAACAAGGCACUGCCCGGCGUGAGCAAACUGCUGGCAGUCCUUCACUUUCUUGGCAGUGCCACAUUUCAGCCAGUCACCUCCCUCCUCAAUGGUAUGAGCCAACCCACCUUUUCCAGGAUCCUGAGACAGGUGGUGGAAGCCAUCAUGAAGCAUUCCAGGAAGUUCGUCAAAUUCCCAGAGAGCACGGCUGAGUGGCAACAGGUGAAACAUGACUUUUUCUUGCUGGGAGGGAUGCCGGAUUGCCUGGGGGCCAUAGACUGCACCCAUGUUGCGCUUGCACCUCCUCGCGAAGGAGAGGAAAUGUUUCGAAACCGGAAAAAUUUCCACUCUCUCAAUGUGCAAGUGGUGUGCGACUCUCACUUACGCAUCAUGAGUGUGAACUCUGCAUUCCCCGGAAGCUGCAAUGAUUCUUAUAUCCUUCGUCAGUCAGCCCUGUUUGAUAAAUUUCAUCAAGGACAGAUGCCGGAGGGCUGGCUCAUGGGAGAUGCAGGAUAUGGGACGCAGACGUGGUUGAUGACCCCUUUGAAGGCAACGAAGACAGUAGCGGAGAAGCGGUACAACUGUGCCCACCGGAAGACUAGGAACUGCAUAAAGCGACUCUUUGGGGUGUGGAAAUCACGUUUCCGGUGUCUCUCCUCCACUGGCGGAAAGCUGCUCUAUGCUCCUACCAGGGUUGCAGACCUCGUAAUUGUCUGUGCGGUGCUCCAUAACCUUGCUUGUAAACAUGGUGUUCUACAGGAUAUUGAUGAGGAACUCCCACCUGAGAUUGAGGGACUUCCUGCGGCCGAUGGGGACUCCUCAGAUGCAGGUCGAAGGAGGAGGGCUCAGCUCAUCGCCUCCCACUUUGCUUAGUCCAGAGAGGGUGGAUGGCUGGCCCCCUAGCAGGGAAUGUGUGUAC